AAAAACUGUCAUCAUUCGAAUUGGUUUAUUUAUUUCGACGAAGACGGAACUGUGUUCAGCUGUGCUAUAAAUUUGAUUUAAAAAUUACAAAAUAAAAGAAAAUGAAUGAUGCGCAGAGCUCGAGCCUUAAGGGCUAUCUAGCCCGGCUCGAAGGCCUUGGAUGUGACGUGCCUAUUCCGCCCCGGCAUGAGCCCAAGAUCGCGCCGGUGAAUGGGAUCGUACAGCCGGUGGUGAUGCCGCCGCCCAACCGGAAGGGAAGGACCACCAAUCUGACGAAGAAAUUCAGGAACGUGCUGGAUGUGAUGAUACGCUCAAAGUCCUCUUACCAAUUUCGCCAUCCCGUGAACGCCGUGAAGCUUCACGUGUUUAACUACCACAAUCUGAUCACUCGUCCGAUGGACUUAUACACCGUCAAGAAAAGGCUGGAGAAUUGCUAUUACUUCAGGGCCGCGGAGGUUCUAGAGGAUAUUUUACUGAUAUUCAGCAAUUGCAGGAGUUUCAACAGUCCUGAGUCACCCGUCUUCCACGAUGCCCUAGCUCUGUGCGACCUCCUCUGUGCCCGCAUGGCGAAACUCCAAAGGGAAAUUCAGCCCGAGCUUGUGGAGGCUCCGAAAAUAAGGAUCAGGGCUCGCCAGAGCUCAAAGUGCGUUGACUUGCCGGUGAUCAAAGCUCCGGUUCUCCUUGAACUUCCGGCUCUCCGUCGUGGUCGUGGCCGCCCUCGAGGCCCCAGGCUCUAUAGGUUUCUUUUCAACGAACAUAAGGAUUUCCCAAAAUCGUACAAUAAUGCAGGGCAGAUUAUAUAUGACGGCACUCUUGUCGACUACGAGAUCAAGCGUUCGUAUGGCAUGAUAUUGAUUAAGUUUCUGCGUCACAGACGUCGUCAGCGGGUCUGUUGGGCAUUCAACGAUUCGAGAGUGUGGGUGAGAUGCGCCGAAAAUCCGCAAUACGAUCACAGCGAGGACCCCCUUGAUUGGGACAUAUUGAUGAUGUUGGUGAUGGGGGCUAAGUUCGUGUGCUUUGGCUGGUUGCAGGCCAAGAUACACAAGAUGCUGGAGAACGCAAUGUCCUGCUUCACCGCCAAUCCGUCGGUCCGCAUGUCAGCGAUAAGGACCCAAGCCCUUGUCAAUAAGUUAGAGCCCAAAUAUCUGAAACGGAUUGCGCGAGCAAAGGCGAGGGCAUUUAAUGUGGUUCGCUGGAAAGCUGAGGUCCUGAGUCGGCUUUCAUACCGUCGGCUUUCAUAAUUGUCCAUUACAUUAAAAAACAGCAAGCAGCAAGAAAAACAAAAACACUUUUAUGUACUUUUUGGAUGAAAUUUGUAUUGUAUCGGUCAGAAAUAAACGUCAUCUUUUAGUCGAAACAAUCGA